GCACUAAUGGCGAGCACUUGAACUGCAGUUGUCGCUGGGGAUUCUCUGGAAAUGACUGUUCCACUGAGGAGUGCCAUGGACCUCUGGGUAUGCAGAGUGGUGAUAUCGAAGAUUGGCAGAUUACUGCACGACCCUUUCGUGACUACAGGUUUAGACCCAGUCCUGGGAGACUGCGUGAUGCGACAGGAGGAGCGGGGGAAGCUUGGAAACCCUCCUGGUUUUAUAGACACCCAUGGUUUCAGGUUCGCCUCCAUAAUGGAUACACUUGGGUUACAGGGAUAGCGACACAAGGAAGGGUGACUACAUACGCGCUGCUUUAUUGGGACUAUAUAGUUCGGAUGCAGUGGUACACGGAAAGAGGACAAACAUACGCAAAGGUAUUCACUGGAAAUACACGCAAACACCAUUAUUUUCGCAACGAACUUGAGACACCUAUCAGAGCUAGAUUCUUCCGUAUCUAUCCAUUGACUUGGAGAAUAAUAAUAGAAAUGAGGAUGGAGCUGUAUGGUUGUAAAGGUGAUCCAUGCAAUAAUAGCUUUUGUCUUAGCAAUGGCACAUGUCAGCGUAUAGAAUCCUGGCCGUACAGCCAAUGUACUUGUGUUUCUGGAUACGCUGGUUUUAAUUGUGGAACCCACAUAGGUGACCCUUACUACAACACUUCGUGUCCAAACGGUUGGACUUGUAAGCCAGUAAAUAGGUCCAUUGCUUUUAAGUAUGAUUCUACAUCGGGAAAAUACCUUUCUCUAUCAGGUCAUAAAUGCCAGUCUGGUCUAUGUCAGAAUGGAGGAACUUGCUCACAGGAUAACGUAAAUGAAAUAACAUGUAGUUGUCCUGCAGGAGUGUUUGGCUAUUUCUGUGAAUAUACACAAGAAAAUGUGUGUUCCGCCAACCCUUGUCUCAAUGGAGGAACCUGCUCGCCGAAUAAUAACGCACUGGGUUUUGAAUGCAGCUGCCGUUCAGGGUAUAUUGGAUUUAAUUGUGGCCUUCAAAGAGACAAUCCGUGUUCAGAUUCAGAUAACCCUGAACCUUGCAAAAAUGGCGGAAACUGUACGCAGCAGGAUACUGCCUUGGGAUACAUAUGCAAAUGCACAUCGGAGUAUAUUGGGUUUAACUGUGGCUUUCUGAAAGACGAUCCUUGUUUUCCUAACCCUUGUCGAAACGGUGGAAAUUGCUCUAGAGACAUUAGUCUAAAGGAUUUUAUUUGCAAUUGCACCUUUGGAUUUAUUGGUAAAAGAUGUGAGAGCAAGAUAGUUCAUGGGAAUUGGAGUCGCUGGACACCAUGGCCGAACUGUAACAAGCCGUGUAAUAACGGAACACGAACAAGGAGGCGUGCAUGUGAUAACCCAAGGCCCGCUUUUGGUGGGAAAAACUGCACAGGGUUAACCUAUGAGUCUGGGCACUGUAACCAAGUUAAGUGUCCAGCCGAGAGUGUAAAAUACAAGAUUAAGUUAAAAGGUGAAACAUGGAAAGAUUCUCUUGCGGUCCUAGGAAGUAAAAAAAACGCGGAACUUGCGGAUAGAAUAAAAGAAGCUGUUGAGGACUUUUAUCACAAGAGGAAUGAGAAUGUUGAAAUUGAGGAGCUAAAGUUCGAGAAAGGAAGUGUAAUUUGUAGUUUAAACGUCACCUACAAGAGCAUAGACUCGUUACAGAUCGUCUCUUUCCUGGAGGAAAUAGCAGAAGGAUUACUGGGGGACAUUCCAGUUGAGUUAGACAAGAUCGAAACCAGUAACGUACCCCAAAAAGCUCCUGUGGAUUUGGAAACCAAAAGCUCCAAAUCGACAAGUAUUGUCAUAAAGUGGAGGCAAAAUCACUCCGACCAAACUCUGGGUAACAUGAUCGUCUACAAAGAAGCUAACAAAAAGUUCAAGGCUAACACAAUGAAGUCAGUUCCACUCAAUACAUCUGAAGCGAUACUGGAGGAUUUAAAAAAAUUCACAAAUUAUACCAUCCGUGUGUUUGCCUUUUCGAGUAAAGGUAAUGGGGUGCCAAGUGAUGCUGUUACCGUAAGAACUCAUGAGGAUGUACCCAGUAAGCCUCCACGAAACGUGACAGCUGAGAGAUUAAAGGCUGCAGAAUCCAUCAACGUCACCUGGAAUGAAGUGCCGUUUGGUCACGUGAAUGGUCUGUUGAUGGGAUAUUCCAUAAAGUACCGAAGAGUGAAAACAGCCGAGAAAAAUGUAGUUCACUUGGAGGAGACGGCCAUAGCAAAAUCAACUGAUCUCUGGAUAGUACUCAAUGUUCAAACCUACUCGGUUUAUAAAAUCGAAGUGGCGGCUUUUACUCAAAAGGGCCUGGGACCUUAUAGUGAAUAUAUCUAUGGUGGUAGGUAUAGGUAUACGAACUAUUGGUCAACUCCGCCGUAUCUAAAAGUGAAUCUAAAAGGAAACACUCUGGAUGGCAUUUUUAGUCACAUUGUCACAGAUAUGAUUUAUACAGCUUGUGGAGAGUGUCCUGCACACGGUUUCACCGAAAUCAACUUGGCUUCAAACGGAAAUGGACAGCGAUCGGGCAAGGAAAGCCUUGUAGACGUUCUUGGUGACAUCGAUGAAGUUCCACAAAUAAGUUUUCCAAUCUACGGCAACAGAUACGUAACAAGAUUUGGGGGCGUUCACCCUUAUGUCAACCUUGUGGAGUCCCCUGGGUUGGCUUUUGUCGCCGCCAAGAGGACUCCAGGAGCAGCUGCAAGAAACAUUGUAAGCGCUGUGCUUUCGUGCUUUCCACUGGUACUACUGUCUGCAUGUAUGGCCUUUCUUUCCGGGUUCAUUAUAUGGCUUUUGGAUAUGAAGAACAACUCAGAUCAGUUUCCAGCCUGUUUUAGCAAAGGUAUCGGCGAAGGACUCUGGUGGUCGUUCGUCUCCAUGACUACCGUUGGCUAUGGAGACCGUUUCCCCUGUUCUGUUCCUGCCCGUAUUUUUGGUAUCGCAUGGACCCUCACUGGAAUCGUUA